AAGGUGGCCAACAAAGUGGUGCCGUUGAAAGGGCUUUUCUGGCAUGAGAUGUGCGAGAUGUGCGAAAUGCUGGCCUGUUACAUGCCUGGAUCGUCUUCGAUAUCUGGUACGGGAGAUGUUGCACUUGGUCUCCAGCUCCGACCUCCCGCAGGAAGAAGCAAAUGUGCUGGAGCACAGGAAACAAGAAGAACAGGAGAAGAAGCAAAAGAAGAUCAGGAGAAAAGUGAGGAGCGAAAUGCCUAUCCUGAAGCUAGAGUGACGGGAGCACACAUUUCACAGGAUAGAAUCCACAAAAAGUGACCAGUCCACAAGUUCUCCUGGUCAUCGUUGAAAUCUCAGCGGCGCGGCUCAGGCACAGAUGCAACUCUAUCGUUGCGGAUCUCUGGGUCCCUAGCCGAGGGAUCUACGCCGCUUCGCCUCUAUUUUUAAACGCUUCAAAGAAAACCGUCAUGCUGCUGGUGCGGGAUGGAUAAUAGUUAUGGCUCAAUACAAAGUCGGAUUCGGACAUCGAACAACGAUAUAUAUCCAGCUCUAUACCACCAGUACGAAGGGUGAAUGCAGCGUCUGUGCAAACCUACCGACUGUGUCCCCUCAACCACGGAAGAACUGCUUGAUAUCCAUCAUAUAUGGGCCGUGAUGUCUAAACGGAGUGUAGACCCGCUCUAUCAGCCUUUUAUACAGCCGACGUCCGAGAACCACAGUCCGUGGGUCAUCGUUUCAACCUGUUUGUUCAUGAUUAUUACCGUCUCCGUGACAGCUACAACACUCAUUGCGCGGUUCAGGGUUCUUAGAACACUGGCAUGGAGCGACUGGUUCCUGCUUUUUGCUGCUGUAUGCAUCCUCCCUUCUGGCUACCCGGUAACAAUUUUUCUUCUUCUUUCAAGAAGACGGACUUAUACUGACGGGAAAGUGUUUGUCAACCGCUGAGGGAAUAUGCAUAAACUUCGCCUGUUUACGAGGUCUGGGGCGGAAGCCAAGUGCUCUUCGGCAUAUGCCAAUGGAAGGGUUUAAAAUUGUAUGAAAAUGUUUCCUCUCUCGGCUUUGCGCAUACUUUCUGGACGGAUUACUGACAUAUCCUUCGGUUGAGUAGCUUAUAUACAUCAGUCAGAUACUGGCUCUUGCAUCACUGGCAUGCUCAAAGGCCUCCAUUACCCUACUUCUCAUUUCGAUCAAGCCAUUGAAAUGCAUCUUAUUGAUGUGCCGUAUUCUCCUCGGGGUUUUGGCCCUCUGGGGGUUGGCUGGUGUUUUAUCUCUUUCACUGCAGUGCGGGCUUGCUCAACCAUGGAAAUCGGGUGAAAAUUGCUGGCUCAACCAAUACGCCCUACAUGUUGGCCUUAAUAUAGGAAGCAUGAUUACAGAUUUCGCGCUGGUCCUUCUUCCAUUUUUAUUCGUAUCCCAGGUGCAAAUACCAUGCAUCAAAAGACUUGCUAUUGCUGCUCUUUUUGGCAUGAGACUGAUGUAAGUCAACUGAAGAUUGAGACUGAGAGAUGAAUGGGAGCUCCUCGAUAAUCAUCAACUAGAAGAGAAUCACCGAGCUAACUUGAAACGACCAAUAGUGUCCCAUCUUUUACUGUUGUGAUGACUAUUACAUCACGCUCCUACUUUGCUUCCUCUGCGUCCGAGAGAUCAUGGCUGGCCGUCAUGCCAACUAUCUGGAUGCAGGCCAUCCUUUGCGUUUCAAUCGUGGCCACUUGCAUUCCAAACCUAAAACGACUCCUGGCUGUCCUCCGAACUGGGCUAAUGGCCGGAACAGUCAACGAGUUCUACGAGCUUUCAGUUUCUGGAGGAGAUAGCAAAACUGUUGCUUCUGCAUCCCAACUACGUUCUGGCAAAACGUCCUAUUCGAAAGAGAAUUACAGUACCGGUACACCCCGGCCCUCAACCUCCGGUGGUAGCGUUUCUGGGACACCCACCAUGUCUUCUAUUGCAGGGAAAGCUCACGCAAUGCGCCAUCUACAUCCGGACACAGCUUAUACUAUGGGGAAAAAAGGACCCUAUGACAACGCAUGUGUUGUCGAAUCCAUAAUACCUAGUUGCAAAAGGCCCAUACUCAAAUUACAUGGUCUCCUUUGGGAGCGGAGUUCACGGCCAGGAACCACUCGGGCAAAGGUCACUGACCGCGAUUCGAGUCUCGACAUCUUGACACCACGAUGAGACGAGAUACCUUUCCUGUGUAUCCUGCCUCUAGUAGGGUCAAAUUUGUGACAAGCAAGCCUCGAUUGCACAGAACGGAAUACUUGGAGGUGUCGAUUCAAGACAAAUGAUUGGUGCACAAAGAGUACAUCAUACCGGGUGCACCACAGCUGAGAGGCAAGUCGCCUUAUUUAGGUACCGUCCUGAGCACUCAAAUCGAACAUACAUUAGGUACUUGGCUCCCCUUGCUCGCUCCCAGGUGAGCCAGGAGAUUGGUGCCCCAUUUGUCAGCUUUUGUACAGCAUAUACUUCCCUAUGUAUAUAUUGAAAGAAAGGGCACGGGACGUUAUUUUUGUCUUGCUUCAUCCUGCUCGACUUCUUUCCAGGGGAGUAUUACAGCCAAUGGGUCUGGGCGCUUCAUUUGGCUGGUACAACAUCCCCUUAACCGGUGUAACGCUUAGAACGGUCGAUCUAUUCAAUAUCAUUUCCCGUUAUUGUGUCUAUCACAUUUCAAUUUCGAUUUCGAUUUCAAUAUUCUGUUAUUCUCCUGUCAGGUACGGAUGUGGUCGAAGAAUGUCUGUUACGCGAUUUGGUCACCUUUCCAAGACGCGUGGCAUGAACUCCAUCAUUUCGGACUGGAAUAUACGAAAUAUAGGUAAUUGCUUUUCAUGGCUCUAUUGUGAAGGAGUGGCCUGAUACGUAACAAAGUGACUACCAAGUUACACAAAGAACUGCGCCGAUAUCAUAGCUAACCACGGAGAGAGCGGUUGACUCUUUGCCGAAGCAGGGCUGAAAGCAACAUAGCAGAUAUUCAGUCAAAUAUCUUCGAAGCGGUUGCUUGCAGAUACUUAGCUGCUCCGCCCUCUUGCCCUGGUUACCUACUAUUGACCAUAACCAGAGUUUCCCUGUUUCUGGAAGGGCUGAAAAAUGAAGUGCUGAUGAGAGUGAUUCCGCGGUUCCUUUAUUUAAUUCAACCCCUUUAUCA